GUCCACUCGUAGCGGAAGACGGAACGUCACACUAGCUUUAAAUUUAAUUGGAUUACUUGAUUCUUUUGUAUCCUAGUUAGGCUUAGGUGUGCUUUACCGAUAUUAUAGGCGAAUCCGAAUGAAUCACGUACGAAUGACUUACACGCGGACGAACGCAGCGGAAAUUCAAGUAGAUGAGUUUGAGUACUUAGUUUUCUAUAGAACAAGAUGAAGUAGGCGGGGGCCACACAUCUGUGAUUUGCGUGGGUGUCCACAGCAUAGUUUGCCUGUGAAAAAAUCGAGAUUGUCGUGGCUUUCCGACGUUCAGAGAAGUGCUGUCCACGUGAGAGCAGGACGGUUCCUAGAAGGUCUCGAACUGAGUAGCUAGCUAUCACACCACACACACCCAUUAAGAUCGAGUACUAUGUCUAAUUCAUACUGGUACAACCGUGAUAGAAAAACUUUAUUAUGCGUAGUUCCUACCUGAAAUGACACCGGCGUACACUUGAGACAACAUUUCUUACUAUGAUUGAACACUUCCUCGAUUAUAGAGAUAGACCAGACUGACGCCAGCACCCAGCAAUAGCACUCUACAAAUAGUACUAGUACUUGAAGACUCUUUUACCAACACGUUGUAGGUGGCCUUCUGAGUACUAUACUCCUUUCUAUAAUGUUGUAAGCAUGGAUGCUAUACUAAGUAUGGCAUUUUGGUCUUGUGAAAGAUAGAUGGAAAGAUUAAUAGAGUUCGACAACAGACAUGCCUUAUCUGAAAUGUGGAAGAUAAUGGCGACGAC